AUGCGGGGACUGAUUUGGGUGUUGAGGCCCUACUUCAUUGAUUGGCUGCAGCGGCGACAGCGGCUCCGGCUCUUUACGCAGCUCUUGGUGUCCAUGCCGGACUCCGCGUUCAAGCGCUUUACUUCACAAGGUGCUGAGGCCCCACUACAGGCACUGAUGGAUCUCACGGAGCGUGACCUUUUAGUGGCCACUCUGGUCUCCACACCGGUGGAAGAGCGUUCCCGUCUCUAUGCCUGUGUUGCAGAGAAUGACCUGCCACUGCCCUUGGCCUUCUCUGGAUUGAGGUGUCCAUGCCCACCAGAGGAGCAGGCUGAAGGUGACUUCAUCACUUCACAAGUCGAUCGUGGCGUGACGGUCCAUUGGGAAGCUUUUGAGGCCCUUUUGGCGCUGCCCUGCGAACGCCCUGCGUUGCUGUCCUUGGGAGCUCAAGGCUGUUCUCAGGGUGGAAAGUCCACUCUGCUCCGAGAGUUGUUGGGCUUGGACACGUCCACGGUGGAGGCGGAACCAUCGCGACCACCCUGCAGGUCGCCAGCGCACAACCCUGGCGUGGACUUGCUCCAAAGCCAUGCCCCUCUGGGUUGGACCGUCGAUGUGCAUGGCUGUUGCCUGGGAGAUCCAACCUGGAUGGCCCUCGUCUCGACCUGGGCCGCCAGCAGCGCCUUAAUUCUGCUGCACGUGUCGCUGGAGGAUUUUGCGGUGCCGGACGAGGAGGCUCCCAAGCAAAUGCCGUCCAAAAAACCCAUGGACAGCCAUGCACGCUUAAGCGCAUCGCGCAGAGUCAAUGCCAGCGGUGGUUCUGUCACAUCGACCUCUUCCACCGGGCCUGCGAAGAUCGCCGCCAAAGCCGAGCUGAUGGCCUUGCUGAAGAUCUUGACGGAUGCGAAAUUCACAGAGGCAGGUCCUCAACGUCGCAGAAUUCUGGUUUUGCUACGAGAUGUCACCAGCUCGAAUUCCAUCAGCAGCAUCCAGGCCUAUCUGGAGGCCAUGGGUGGACUCUCCGUGGUUCCCUUGGAGUCCUUGCAGAGCCUGGUCGGAGCCCCGCGCCAGCGAACCUUGCGCCGGCUUCGAGAGAAACUCCAGCAAGAGAUGUACCUGCUGGGUGAGGCGCCCCACGACGUGGCCCGGGCCGUGACCCUCUUUGGCGCUGGGGUGGUGGUGCUGCCGCUGCUGGGGAGAGUGUCGGGCAUCGAUGGCAAAGAAAGUUUGGAGUAUUCCUCCCAUCCACAACGCGCCUCCGGCGGAUUGAUGGAUCGGUUGGACCUGGAGCUCAAGUUUGGUUCGUUGGAUCCGCAUCGGCUCAUCAGUGAGCUCACUGGGACGAAAGAAGCCCUGGAGAAACGGCUGCAAAGCCUGGGGAACGACGAACUGCAAGAGGAGGUCUUGGCGCUCCAAGAUUGGCGAGAAAAAGCCAUGGGUCGCCUGAAGACCUUGGAGAAACGGGCUGCUUGGGCCUUCCUGGGCGUGGCCGGUGAAGGUGUGGCCAGCCAGGCGGAAAUUAAGAAGGCCUUCAAACGCAGGGCCUUGGAGUUGCACCCCGAUAAAGGUGGUGAUGCGGAUCGCUUCCGGUUGCUGCAGGAGAUGAGAGAUCUGUUAGUAGAACCCAAGUCUCAUGACUUGGAAGGUCCCAAGGACGCAAAAAAAGCUGAAGAGAAGGGGGAGAAAAAGGAGACUGAAGGAGAAGAUGAUGCGGAGGAGGAGGAGGACUUUUCGGAUGAUAGCUGGGACGCGGAUGAGGAGUUCCGGAAGAUGUUUCCCAAGCGGAAGAAGAAGCCCAAGCGUCAAGAUGAUCAGGAAGCGGAGGAACUGAAGAAUCAGGACUUUCACCGCGGGAAGUUCGAAGCGGCGCGGCGGAAGUUGCACCGCCAGCUGCGAGACGCCUGGAGCCGUGCCAGUCGCCUCACGGAGGAAAUCCACAGGAGCCACACCUCCGCGGCCAGUGCCGACGCCCUGCGACAGCUGCGGAAGUUCGUGGAUCGCUUUGCGGUGACCGAGCUGCAACGGUUGAAGGAGAACGACCCCAAGAAGGCCUUGCGUCUGCUACGUCGCUUCCUGGAGCAGGGCUCCGAAGUGCUCUGCGCCGCCGGGGCGUUGGAUCCCACCGCAACGGUCUCGGUGGUGGCCAUGCAGGUGAACUGCCCGCUGCUCCAAGCGGUGCCCGAGAACGAGGAGCUGCAGCGACGCUGCGCCGCCUUGCUGGAAGCCAUCAAGGAGUUGCCGGUGAUGGGUGAGCAGGUGAGUUCCAUCCACACGGACGAGGGUCUCUUCUUCGAGCUGCUGAUCCCGGUGCCGGCGUCGCCCGACGCGCUGCCGGGCGUGCGCCGGGUGCCGCUGCAGCUGCCGGCGGACGCCACGCUGGGGGCGUUGCGGAAGGCGGCGCUACGCUGUGGAGGCGAGCAGUUUGGUGGGGCCUGCCCCAGGAUCUUUUCCAACGGCCGCUUUCUGGCCGGGAGUGAUCGCAUACCCUUGACCAACCUUGAGUUGGGAGAUGGACCCCUGCAGUGUUUGCCCAGCAAUUUGACCUUAAGAAACAAAAGGUCGGUGCCAAAGAGUGACGAACGAGCGCCUCCCCGUGCACCCACCACCCCGGUGCCGCCGGAGAUCGUGGAGCUGCCCGAGGCACCCGAGGCACCGCGCAAGGAGGCGCCCAAGACGGCAGAAGUCAAGGAGAUGGUGGAGGCAUUUCCAGCUGGCUUUUGGAACGGAGAGGAGAACAAGGAGAACGACGACCAGUGGUUCAACGACUUCUUUGCUGAACCCGAGGAGAAACAGCGUGAGGAACGGAAAGCGGCGCAGGAGCAGGGCAGGAACGCUAUGCAAGCUCGGUUGAAGGCUCAGAAGCAAGCCUUGGAGGCGAAGAAAAAGUUGGAACAGGAGCGAAAAAAGGCGGCAGAGAAGAAGGAUGUUGCAUCGAAGCAGCCGCAAGAGAAGAGACCCGCAGCUCCCGAGACGUUUCAACCACCAUCACGCCCUACAUCUGUGACGCCGACGAAGCCUGAUGCCCUGGUGCUGGCGAAAGACGAGCCAUGCACCAAACUUCAGAAAAGCAGAGAUGCCUGGGAUGCGGCUUGGAACCAUCCGUGUGCUGGAGCCAAACGCAGUGACGGCACGGCGAUCUUCUGCGGUCCAUGCGACUGUUGGAUCACCGUGAGCCGAUUCGACCACCACGACUUUGAGAUCCACUGUGAGAAGGUAGGUCACUUUGGCUGGAUCGACUGA